AUGACAACUACAACGAACUCAACAGGUUAUGGGCCCAGAAGAGGCUUGCUAUUCGACGGUAACGAAAGCAAAUAUGAGUUGUGGGAAGUAAAGUUCCUGGGCUAUAUGCGGCUACAAAAGUUAUACAAAGUAUUCGUGCGACACACAAGCGAGAAAGACCCACCAGACGCUUCGACGCAAGCUGAUGCUUUUGCCAAACUCGUGCAAUGUCUGGACGAUAGAAGUUUAUCGCUAGUGAUACGAGACGCGAGAGACGACGGAAGGAAAGCGCUAGAAGUUCUCAGACAGCACUACCAAGGGAAGGGAAAGCCACGUAUAAUUUCGCUUUAUACCGAACUGACAUCGCUAAAGAAAGAAGAGAACGAGCCAAUAGUCGAUUAUGUCAUACGAGCCGAGUCAUUUGCGACAGCGUUACGAAAUGCCGAGGAAGCUAUCAGCGACGCAUUGUUAAUCGCGAUGGUUUUGAAAGGCUUACCGAGGGAAUACGACACGUUUGCUACGGUAGUUGUGCAAAGAGAGAAACAAAUGAAAGACACAUGGUGGAAAGGCUGCCAGCGCGGAGGAGAAUAUCAUGUUGACGAAGCAAAAGUUCGAUGGGAACUGUUUUAA